AUGCAACAAUGGGGCAUCAAACUGCAGGCGAAGCGGCAACCUCCUUUUUGUGUGAUCAGAUGUAGUGGAGGAAUUCUACCUCAGUCUCUGCUUUCGAGGGGGAUAAGCACCCCCGAAGUGAAGCGCGAGACGAGUUCACCAUUUCGCCGAGACCAAUGUGUCGUACUGCAUGUGUAUGACUGCUUGGACGGGUUAAGGAAUGGGAGCAAUAAUUACUUAAAAAAGGUAGUAGGGAACCCCUUUAUGGCAGCUUAUUUGGGUCUCCUUUCAAGCAGGCAGCGAUGCAGCCAUUGUUACUCAACCACCAACAAGGUCUACGUGAAGGGAGAAAUUUACGACGUGCUUCCCGCACUAUGCAAGGAUAAAGAAAUCGAGGCCAUUGCAGCGAACUUAAUUUUCUUCAUUUUAAAAUUUGUGAAUCUUAAGAAUGUAGAAACAGCAGAGGAAUAUAAGGAUAACAUAAAAAAUGUGUACGCCAACUUGAUCAGGUGUUAUCACAAGAUAUUUACAGAUAAAGGAAAAUAUGGGGAGUAUAUUUUUUGCAUUUUUAACAACGAAGUUGUAAAAGGUGUUAGUCCUUCUUUGAGGAAAAAUAAAAAAAACAUCAUCCAGGAAAUUGUUUUAAACAGCUUAUGUUUUUUUUUUACAAAUAAUGAAAGACAUAAGGACAUAUUAGACCCAAAUUUGAUGUGCGAUAUUGUUAAGUAUAAAAAAUUCUUGUACAUACUAGAUUGCCUGUCUUUUGAUCGCCACCUGUUGAGGGAAGUGUUGACUCCUCAACAUGUGGAUUAUCUAUUUAGUAACUUUUUAAACGACCGGACGCACCUUUGCCAAGCCAUUUCUUUAGCUUCCUUGUUUCUGUCUGAUGAGAAUAUAGGUUUUAAUUCCCCCUUUAAGGAAGACAGCUCUUAUAACUGCAGGAUUGUGCUAAAGUAUAUACUACAAACGAAGUCCAAGAAUUGUCUCUUUUUAUUUUUGGAUGCUCUACAAUGCGACGAUUUGAAGAGGGAUGUUUAUAGGUGGCUGACAUCUGUGGAUGAAGCAUCAGGGUUCUUUUCCGAUUACUGGGGAUACCUGGCAGCGCGGGAGUACCUACUGCGAAGGAAGGCAAUGGACAAGGACGACUCGAAAGGCAGAUCCCUCAGCGACGGAACCCUUAACGAUGAAGGUCAAGACCGAAAUUGCGUCACAUGGGGGAACAAGUCACUCCACCCACACAAUGAAUACUAUGAGCUACCCGAGGAAAUGAAAAAUAUAUCAAUGGUAACUAAUGUAGACAGUUUGAAUAAGAUGAUAGAAACGAUAAAGUCGGGUCAGGAAAAACACUGGAUGUAUGACAUAUACAACGACGAUAGCCUGUAUACGUCCAAGUCCUGUAAGGACAUAAUAACUGCAGAAGAUAUUAAUAACCACUUGAGGGUGAGGAAAAAAAAGUAUUACGUUGGCAUCGAUGUUGAAUGGAACAGAAACCAAAAGGCUACAAUCAUUUCACUAGCAACAGUGAAUCAUAUUUACCUAAUCGAUCUGCUAACUGUGGAUUAUAAUUAUAAAAUAUUAAUUCAUUCAUUUUUUAAGUGGCUACUUGAAAAUCCAUUCAUCUGUAAGCUCUUUUUCAACUUCACCUGUGACAUGCGUAUAUUAAAUUCAUUCUUUCAAGGCAUAUCAAUUUUGUGUACCUACCUAAAUGUGACAGAUCUGAAGGACCCUCUAUUUUUGCACCAGCGAAGUGGGGUCACUACUCAGGACAGUCCAGAUAAUGGUGUGGUCUCCGCUGAACUGUUCAAUCGAAAUAUAAUUGAGACGAAUGACAUUGAGUUAUUUAAAGAAGUGACAACAAGUAGCUUUCUCAACUUCAAGGGUAGGGUGAAACAUGGACAAGGUGACCAUUUCGGGGGAACGAUCAAUGUAUGUCCGAGUCACUCCACUGAGACGAAGGUUCAUUUUAAAAGUUUGAAUCAUUUAUGCCAGAAAUUUCUGGGUAAAAAUUUAAAUAAACAAUUACAAUUAUCCAACUGGAGCAGGAGGCCACUAAUGAAGAGUCAAAUACAUUACGCAGCCACCGAUGCGUAUGUCCUCAUCGUGUUGGAAGGACUCCUCAUUGAGAGUAAUUAUUCCUCCACGUCUUCCUCAAAUAGUAGUAGCCUUAGCGAUGUGUUUGUUCAAAAGUACAAAUGUAGAAAUUGUUCCUGGGAGUAG